AUGGAAGGAAUCAAGGUGGUAUUGAAUGAUCAUAAUGUGACUACUGAAGUUGAGCUUUGGGACUGUAGCGGCGAUUUUAAAUAUGCGAAGUGUUGGCCGGCUCUGCGUCGGAAAAGCCAGGGGGUAAUUAUUGUUUGCAGACCGGAAAUGAAUGAUGGCAGAUCACUCUUGCCCUGGUAUACAGAAUUUGUUGAGCGCGCUGGUCUGGAUGCAUCGCGGGCUCUUGUAUUAUUACAUUAUUCUGCAGAAUCAACAAGCGAUGAAGCAAUUGCUGACUUCAAGCUUGUUGGGCCGAUGGAGAAACUUCCAAUUGUUUUAGUCAAUAUUCAGAAGGAGGGUGAUAAUUUGCAACUGGAAUUCAACAGUUUUUUAAGCCGCAUUUUGACGCAUUCGCAGUUUCUUUCGAUGUAA